GGCUGUUUUGAGAGCUCAGCGUGAUUACAGUCAGGGCUAGUUGAGAUGAGGGGAGGAGGUUACGGGUUUAAACCUAAUCACUGGCAACAGAGAUGUUUGUGCGUAAAAUGUGCCCGGUCAGGCUGUCUCCUCGCUGAUCCCUGGAGACGCGGUUCCCACUGCUGGCGCUGGUUAAGUGUAGUAUCCUCACAACUGAGAGAGAGCCACGCACAGAGAGACGCGGAUCUGUUGCCAAAGCGCUGAGUGCUCACUGAAUACAGGAACUGCGACGUUACACAGAGAGAGAGAGAGGGGGAGAGGGAGAGAGAGGAGAGGGUGAGGGGAGGAGUGGGAGGGGGGGAGUUUGCAGUCAGACCAAAGUGCGCUAUCAGCUGCUGAAGGCUGGACAGACGAGCAGUGUGAGGACAGCGAUAGGGUGGAGGGGGCGAGGAGGAGGACGGAGACUCCCUCGUCGUUGUCGGUGGUGACGGUGGUACAGAUGGGUGCGACUCUCGUCAGCUGAGCCGGCCACGGAUCCAGCUCCAGCUCCAGCUCCUGCUCCAUCUCGAGCUCCCCGCGCUCCGAUGCUGCCGGAAUCCAGCUGACCGCAGCCGGAGAGACCGCAGCCGGAGAGCCCGCAUCCUGCGAAUGACACUUGGAAAUCACUGGAAUCAUGCUCCCCCGAAACUUGAGAACAGGUGGCUAUGACCUGCCGGGGGUGGAGUCAAGCGAGGUGCCUCUCAUUGGCUACCGACCUUUACCGCCGGACAGAGGAUCCCCGAGCAGCCAAUCAGGAAGGAGGUCUUCCUGCAAUGAGCUGGAAACUUCACAGGUAGAGUCCUCACCGAUGAAGACGACCUGGUACUGUCCUCUGGAUUUGUCCACUGUGGUGGAGGAAGAGGAGGAUGGAGUGAUCUACACAGUCGUGGUCAAACAGCAGCAUGGAGGCCCCAAUAAUCCGAUGCCGAUGGUGUCUCGCUCCCAGUGCGUUAAAGCCGGGACCGAAGAGAAGCUGGUGCUCCACCUCCUCCAUUCGUUUGCUAUGGGGGACUCCUCCUUUAUCACCAUCUUCCUCUCCACGUACCGAUCCUUCACCUCCACGGGGAGAGUGCUGGACAUCCUCACUGACAGAUUGGAGGAGCCACCAGGGGAAAGUGAGAAAAGCUCGAUAAGACAAGCUUUCAACAAAGCGGUGUGUACAGUGUUCAGCACGUGGCUGUCGGAGUAUCCUGAAGACUUUAAGAGCCUGGGCGAGCCGUCUCGCCUGCUGCGACUGGCUCCCCUCCUCCCUCAGGACUCCUCGUCUGCAGCCGACCUCCGCGCUCGCCUCCUCAGGAUCGCAGAGGAGCUCAGCGAGAAAGCUUUGCUGCCUGACACCCAUAAAGGUCAGACCAGUUCCUCUGGACCUCCUCCCGACCUCUCGAAGUUUGAACCCACCAGCAUCCUGGGAUUCCCUGCCGAUGUCAUCGCCGAGCAGCUCACCAAGAUAGAGACAGAGCUUUUUGUCCGUCUGGUGCCGUACCACUGCCUCGGCUCGCUGUGGUCUCAGAGGGGUAAGAAGGGGAGGGAAGGCGUUUGUUGGUCCGUCCGGGCCACCGUACGCCAGUUCAACAAGCUGGCCAACGCGGUCCUAGCAUCCUGCCUGUGCUCGACGGAGCUGCGCGUCUCGCAGAGAGCCCGUCUGCUGGAGAAAUGGAUCAGCGUCGCAGAGGAGUGCAGAGCCAGGAAGAACUUCUCCUCGCUGUACGCCAUCGUGUCCGCCCUGCAGAGUAACCCCAUCCACCGGCUGAGGAAGACGUGGCAGGACACUGACAGAGAGGCGCUGAGGAGAUACGAGGAACUGUCCAAUAUCUUCUCAGACAAGGACAACUACUCCCAGAGCAGAGAACUCCUGAAGGAGGAGGGCACGUCAAAGUUCGCAAACCUGGACAGCAGACUGAACAACAGACAUGUGAACAGGUCCAACGCCCAGGGCACCGUGCCCUACCUGGGCAUCUUCCUCACAGACCUCACCAUGCUGGACACGGCGGUCAAAGACAGGCUGGACAACGGCUACAUCAACUUCGACAAAAGGAGAAGGGAAUUUGAGGUUUUAGCUCAAAUACGGCUCCUGCAGUCUUCCUGCAAAAACUGUGUUUUUGUUGCUGACGAGACCUUCGUACAGUGGUAUCACAGCGUACCGACACUAACAGAGGAGGAAAGUUACAGACUGUCCAAUGAGAUUGAAGCGCCAGGUGACUCGAGUUCCCGUGGUCCAACCCCAUCAGUCAUCAUCACCCAGUGCCCAGAUCUGAGUACCUCUCGGAUCAGCCUGGCAGGAGACAGCGAAGGCCUCUUUGACUUCCAGUCGCCCGUCAACAACCUGCUCUCAAAGCUCACAAAGCAUAUGAGAUCUCCAUCUGUGUCCUGUCUGGAUGUUGACACGUCCCCUCCGACCAACGAGUCCACCCCCGCCGCGCUGAUUCCCUCCACUCCCACCAAAUCCCACCGCCGCUCGGCCUCCUGCGGCAACAACCCCCCCAACAACAUCCAAGGGUCGGGGCCCGACAUGCGGAUCAUCAGGAUACGGAUGGACCUGCAGGAUGGGAACCUGUACCGAAGCAUCCUGGUUACAAGCAACGACAAGACCCCCACUGUGAUCAGCUCCGCCUUAGAAAAGCACAAUCAGGACCCCAAACAGGCGUCCAGAUAUGAGCUGAUCCAGCUUCUGCCUGAAGGAAAAGAGCUGAUCAUCCCGGCCACAGGAAACGUCUUCUACGCCAUGACGUCAUCCAGCGUGGACUUCCUGUUGAGAAGGAAAGGCGGGAACACGCCACUUGGCUCCCAGCCGAUCAGCACAGAGACCAGCGCCACUUUUCCCCGAAUCAAGGCCAAGGGGAGGAGACUGGUCCGGACCCUGUUUUGACGGGAAUGCAGAGAGUUGAUGGGGGGGGGGGGGGGAGGGACGACGCGGCUCUCGAUUCUUGACUAAACUGAACUAAACGUGGCCUUCCUCGGUGCAACAUCUACAACGUGCACACGCCUUCCUCCCGUCUGCUUCAACCAAGUUUUACACCGAGAGCAGGUCCGCCUGUGUUUGAAUCUCUAUACGUUAAAGGUGUGGUGGACAUUUCAGACCUCCCCGGGCAGAGAACAUCUGCUCUCAUCUUCUUCCUCUUCUUCUUCUUCUUCUUCCCCUUAAACAGUAUGCAUACUAACCUGCACCCAGAGGAAGAGCAAUGGAAGCCUUUAAACUGACUGCUUUUGGUGCUGGCUCUCGAGUCCCAGUCAGGUAGCACAUGAUGCUUUUUUUUUUCCAUUCCAAUCCAGUGAGUAAGACCAAAUUUGAUUGGUUUAAAGGAGAAAAAAAGAAAAGAAACGCCAAGAAAUCCCUGUUGCUUUUGUGCCUCAGCCGAGACCGACAUUUCCAAGCGUAAAGCGAAGAUUUGAAUUAGUCAGAGCUUGUUCCUGUGACGGAGUGAGACGCUGGACGAGGGAUUCAGUGCAUCAUUGUAGCAAAACACUGGAGAUUGUCAAAAUAGACACAAAUACAUAUAUAUAUAUAUAUAUAUAUAUUUAAGUUUUGUACAUAUUUUAUAUGUCUGUAUGAUGUGUUUACUAAUCCCUCAAAGACCUGGAAGAUCUGAAGAGGCCAGCGCAUUCAGUCCACAGAUAAUUUCAGCAAGAAACUUAAAGCUGCAUCUUUUAUUUAUUUUAUUUUUUUUAAAUAUUAACCCUGAAUCUGAAUCUCAACAAACUGCCAAUGAAUUAUUAUCAACUCUGCAUCUCUACAGAGCGUUUUCUCCUCUUUCAUUUACUUUUUUUGAAGUGCUUCAUCACAGAUGUUAACAUCUCUUCCAGCAGUUGUUCUGACCGAGUUUAGGUUUAAAAGAAAAAAGAAAAAUCCAUUCUCUGGAGCUGCUCUGGAGACCAAAGAGAAACCGAGAGAAAAUUGCCACAAAUACACUUCCAAGGAAAAGCUUCCACAGCUUAAAUGUUCUGUUAUGAGUUCCUCCUAAACGUAGCAGACGGAAACCGAUUUUUGCAACUUAAAAGCAACUCGGAGCACUUUAAAAAAAAAAAAAUAACGCGUGGCUUUGCUUUUACUUUUACUUUACUUAAGCUCUGCAAAAAAAAAAAAAAAAAACAAGAAAAAAAGGCGCAGCCAUUUUUAGGUUUAAGGUUUUCCAGGUCAGAACUUUUCAACAGAGCAUAAGCUAAAGUUAAUUUAUGCAGAUUUUUCCAGCCGCCCACGCUGCUGUUUACAAGCCUCGGCUCCCGUUUCAUGUUUGGAGUUAACACCUUUAACACAGCAACCUCUUCAAAGCAAGUCUUGUGACCUCCGGCCGCUGUGGCUCGGUGCCGGUGAGGCCUCCUUAAAGGCCGAGGCGCGAGCCGAGCGGAGGCCGGGGAGAGGAUUCUGGGUAAUAACAGAUGACGUGUGCUAGCGUGAUGCUAUGCUACUGAUGGAUCUAGUGCCUUUUCUCUACUGGGUGCUCUCUCCUUUCUCAUGUUUGCUGCACACACGGAGGAAACGCAGUCACCUCAGUGCUGCGUAGUCUCACAUCGAAGCUAUUUAUGCACUACAUACUGGAUGUCCUAUUUUUGUGGUAAUAAAUUUACUUUUGUAUGAA